UUUCAAAAAUAAUUGAUUGUUAAUGAUUUCGCCAAAAGCUGAUCAUAUACAAAUUGUAUAUAAUCAGCUUGGUAUCCUCGCACUUCGACAGAUCAACGUUUUAAUUUUAUUUGCUAUUUGCUGCGCCUAUUUUUUUUUUCGUCGGUCUAUAUCCAUCCAUUAUGGACUACCCCUGCCAAGCCAAACCAAAAUAGUAUCAAUCCGUAUUCAUCAAUACGUGAAAUUGGCUGUUUCGACAUACGUUACCUUUGAAAUUAUACAGAAAUACAUUUAAGAAGGACAGAGACCACAAACAAAGGUAUGUCGCGAAUGCGUUCCUACAUUCGUAACCAGCCAAUGAGAUGCGAGCGUGGAGCGUCCCCUGCUUCGGGCUGUUUUAGUUUAGUAGCCGACUAGCCGUGUUAUUACAUUAUAUUAUAUAUCAUCAUAUUAUUAUAAAUUACAAUUUGUUUGAAGUGCGUAAGUGAUAACUUUGUGAUUUAUUUGUAUGUGGAGUAAUUUAAUUUGUGAUUUUUAUGUGAAACAUUAUUGUGACGUAUUAGACGAUUUUAUAUCAGUAAUUAUCCAGCAAAAAAAAGCAUCUGCCUAAUCUACCAUGGACCAUUCUUGGGAUAUUGUUGUGUGGACACUGGAAAACACUAUUGAUUAUGUCCCUUCAUCCUGGGCAAAUGAUACCCGAACUAAGUAUAAAUAUCCACUGAGUAAAAAUACACUUAAAAUUAAAAAACUUAUUGAUGGUAAUGUAACUCUUGAAGAUGGUCAGUUUGAAUGGCUUGAUACUGUCUGCAAAGCACAAUCUAUUAGAGAUUUACAAAUGGCAAAAGAGCUAUGUGAAAGGGGAACCUACACCUCGAACUUUGAAAUUACUGAUCCAGAGUGCAGCUCUGAAGUAAAAAGGAAACGAAAGAAGGUUAAGCGACUAUUUAAUAAUAUAACAGAUUCCUCAUCUGAUGAAAAUGUUCCAUUAGCUAGGGGGCAGAAUUUAAUUCGGAAAGUUUUUUCAAGUCAUAAAGCUUUAAAUUCACAAACUUUUAAUAUUCAAGAUCUCUUGCAUAAGAAUAAAACACACUUUUCGGAGCCCUUACUAGAAAAUGUGUGUGAAGCACAGUUUACCUCGUCAGCUAAACCUGUAAGAGCUUUUACAAAUGCAACAUCAGCUCAACAAACACCAGAAACUAGUUCCACUCCAGUCUCAGUGCAUAGAAAUUUAUCAACUAAAUCUUCCUCAGAUUUAACCCCACUACUGGAAGAAAUUACAGAAAUAAAAUUUUAUAUGAGAGAAACUAGGACCAUUUUAUCAAGAAUUGAACAUUUUAUGAACAAUAACUGUAAGAGUAGCAAUUCUGGUGAUGACUUAUAUACAAUAGGGGACAGUAGAAAUAACUUCUUGGAAAAGUUUCCAUGCCAGACAAAACAGCAAUUGGAAGAAGUAGAGUCCAUUAUUACGGAACCUAAAUUUAUGAAGGAACUAAUAACAUUUCUUUACCUGGCAGGAGGAAAUAACCCACACAAAAGUGUCUAUAUGGCAAUGCAAAAGGUUUUUGGGAAAGAAUUAGCACUACUGUAUAGUGGACAGGGAAAAAAGAAAAAGAUUCCUUUUUGCAGCAUGAAAACUUAUCAGGCUGUUUUUGCUGCCAUUAGAAAACGAUACCCUGAUGUGUCUGAUGAUUCAAUAAAAAAAUCAGUCAAUGUCUCAAAUGUAAUGCUACGACGCCAUCAGCUGAAGGGGAAGUAGAUCCGGUAGACGCAGAUGAAGCUUAAAAAGACACGAUUAAAUCCACAUUUAAAAUGUAAACUUUUUGUACUGAC